AAGAAAGCAUCGAACUUGUCCCCAACCGUCGUCCGACGUCCGAACAAGCUGUUCCCAUUGAUGCCAACGACGACUAAUGAAACGAGGUUUUCAAAACCAAUAACACGGCUUUUUCGUGGGGUUGACCGUGUCGAAUGAAGAUUGCUGACUAUCAUGGGUUGCACAAGACCCGAGGGACCUUUUUUCCCCUUCGAAAUUGCGUUCGCCAAGCCUGGUGCGACCCACCCUCGAAUCAAAAAGAUGAGAGACAUACCGAGUCUUGUAAGUUUGUCCAAAGGCCCUAGACACCAACACCGGUCUGGUCAUGAAACUGUCAGCCCGUCGAGAGUUCCUCCGGAUUCCUGGAGUCAGAAAGUGUCUCAGACCAAACAACGUCCUGUCUGUUCAAGGGGUUCCCGGUAGGUCGCAGCGAUGAUGGAUAAACUAUCCACCUCUCCCCCCUCCGGUCUUGAGAUGAGGAUGAAAUACGUAGUCAAGGGUAAUGACAUUAGACGUUGGUGCUAGCCGAAUGUAGCACGUCAUUCCAGGCAGAUACCCUUGAAGAAGAAGCAGAAGAAGAAGCGGAAGAACAACGACUCCACACGGUUGUCUCUCCCUACUCUCGGCUUGGGCCCAUCCCGAACGGGCCCAUUCCAUGAAUCAUCUCCGACCCUCACGUCAACCUUGUGGCACGACGGCCCCCCCCCCUCUCAACAGUCUCCAGUCGAAAGAAACCAGUCCAUACGCUACAUCACGUUCUUCCUAAACAACAACACCUUAACCCAGCCAGUCCGUACGCGAAACCCGGUUUCCCCUCAAACAACAAUGACGACGAGCGUCUCACGGUACACGGUGGCCGCCUUCGGCCUCACUUCCCUCGCCGCCGGCCUCGACUCCCUCCUGCGCCCGCUCGAGUCCCUCGCGUCCCUGGGCCUGCCCGCCGCCGCGCUUCCCGCGGCCAGCGGCAACGCCCUCGCCGCCAUCGCCAUGGGCGUCUACUACGCCCUGGCCGCCGCCCAGGACAACCGGGCCUUCUUCCUCGCCACCGUGCCGAUGCGCCUGACGUCCGCCGUCGUCUUCUGGCGACAGGGCUGGGCCGGCGUGGCGGCCUGGGAGGGCGGGGGCGCCGCGCUGACGAUGCUCGCGCUUGCGUGGGAUGCGCGGCGGGGCGGGAGGAAGACGUCGUGAGGACAC